AACAGCCAAAACAAGCAGAUUUUAUAUAGAAAUGAAUAUGGGUGUCUUACAAUAUUAUUUCUCAAUGAAGGCAUUGCUUUGGGUUUUAGUGGUUUUUGUUCAAACUCGUGAGUACAUGGGUUGCUUGGAGGAAGAGAGAGUUGGUCUGCUUCACUUGAAGUCAUUUCUUAUCAUAUCCAUUCCGUCUCUCAGAGCUUAUCAUCUUCCUUCAUGGGUCGACCAUGAGAAGAGUGAUUGUUGUAAUUGGGAGCGGGUCACGUGCAACUCCACCACAGGUCAUCUGAUAGAACUGUCCCUCGACAAUUUAAUGCAGGAUCCUCGUUAUACCUAUAGUGAUUAUCAUUCUUAUUACGAAAUGGAGAAAUAUUACGAGAAACGUUCAUGGUUAUUAAAUGUGUCUCUAUUAGAGCCUUUCAAGGAGUUAAGAAGUCUUGAUCUAUCCUUUAAUGCAAUCGAUGGUUGCAUACCAGAUGAAGGAUUUGAAAAGCUUUCAACCCUAAGGAAUUUGGAAAUUUUAAACCUUGGUUACAACUCGUUUGAUGACAAUAGCAUUCUACAAUCUCUGGGUGCUAUCACUUCACUCAAGACUUUAAAUCUUACUGAGAAUAAGUUGGAGGGAUGCUUUCCAGCACAAGAAUUAUUUACGUUGAGAAAUUUGAUCACGCUGGAUAUAAGCUGGAAUGGGUACAAUGGUACCCUCCCAAAUCAAGGCAAGUUUCGAAAGGCUAGUAGUACUGAGAAACUUGGAGACAUUGAUCCUCGAUUCUAAUAGCUUUGGCUACAGCAUCAUACCAUCUCUAAGUAACCUUACAUCCCUUAUGACAUUAAGUCUUUCAAACAAUAUUUUCGCAUUUGAUGAUGAAGGUAAUAUUUUAGUCAUUUUGAUUGCUUUUAGUCAUUUUAAUUUAUACCGUUUCUGAA